GGGAGCACUUCAGCCGUCCCCCACUAGGUCUCUCUUUCUGCUCUUGGACCACCUCUCCCCUCCUCUCACCCCAGCAUUCAGGCCCCCAGUUUAGGCUCCUUUGGAGUUGUCAUGGAAACACGGAGGCUAGACCAGGCUAGGCGGGUGGGACUAAGGGAACGAAGGACGGAGAACUCUCUAGAGUCUCCCCCUCCAAGACUCACUGUAGUGGUUAUAUUGUGGGAGGAAGUGAACAGGUUCUCAGUGGAGUUAAUAACCCAGGUACCUCCAGAGGCAGGUCCUCCCCCGACUUAGCUCCCUGCAAUGUGCCAGAGUCUUCCCUGAAAGGUGCCAGGGUCUUCUCCCAAAUCUUUGGCCCGUUUCCUCCUCUUUAGAAGAGAUAAAUACUUGUGUGUGAGAGAGAAUUGCGCAGAGUUCAGAACUGCGAUGGUCUGAAAAGUUCCCAGGGUACGGUGGACCUGCCAACCUGACAGCAAAGAGGGAGGCCCAGUGGAGACUACAGAGCAGUACGGAGGCUUCCGCUGAAACCAGUUCCAGGCUCCAGAGAGUCAGAUCAAGGCUUCACACCAGUCGUUCUGGUCACUUAGGCGAUCGCGUGAACCCCCGACCCCUUACCGCCGCCCCGCCGUCACACUCCACCAUUCCGAGCGCAAAGUGGUUUGACUGAGACGAAUUUAGACCAAGCAGUGACCUUGUAAACAGAGAGAGGGGCUCAGACGUGCGGAGAAAGCCUUAUCUCAAGAUAAACGUCUUUAAAUGCUAAGUAAAAGCCCUGAGGCACUAGGGUGUGGAGUAGGGGUCGCCUGGGGGUCUCGAUAGGGAGCCGCCCACAGAGAGCUCAGAAAGCCAGAUUGUGGGGGUCGCUCAGGUUGAAAGACUGGUCGAAGUUACGCGGGCGUGAGUCAGCGCAUCCCUUUGGGCCCUCCGCCCCUUCGGGGUGGGUCGCUUAUGGGGAGGGGAGUAGAGUAGGGCAGGAGAAACUGGGCCAGGCUGCACUUAGCUCAAGGGGCCUCGAGGACUCUCCGCGUCUCUGGAGACAAGGGCACUACAUGCACUUCAGAAUGAAGAGUUGCAGGAGCAUGCUGGGGCUCUGGGGGCAGCGGCUGCCCGCGGCGUGGGUCCUGCUCCUGUUGCCUUUCCUGCCGCUGCUGUUGCCUGCAGCCCCCGCGCCCCACCGCGCGUCCUACAAGCCGGUCAUCGUGGUGCAUGGGCUCUUCGACAGCUCGUACAGCUUCCGCCACCUGCUGGAAUACAUCAAUGAGACACACCCCGGGACUGUGGUGACAGUGCUCGAUCUCUUCGAUGGGAGAGAGAGCUUGCGACCCCUGUGGGAACAGGUGCAAGGGUUCCGAGAGGCUGUGGUCCCCAUCAUGGCAAAGGCCCCUCAAGGGGUGCAUCUCAUCUGCUACUCGCAGGGGGGCCUUGUGUGCCGGGCUCUGCUUUCUGUCAUGGAUGAUCACAAUGUGGAUUCUUUCAUCUCCCUCUCCUCUCCACAGAUGGGACAGUAUGGAGACACAGACUACUUGAAGUGGCUGUUCCCCACCUCCAUGCGAUCUAACCUCUAUCGGAUCUGCUAUAGCCCCUGGGGCCAGGAAUUCUCCAUCUGCAACUACUGGCAUGAUCCCCACCAUGAUGACUUAUACCUCAAUGCUAGCAGCUUCCUGGCCCUGAUCAAUGGGGAAAGAGACCAUCCCAAUGCCACAGAAUGGCGGAAGAACUUUCUUCGUGUGGGCCACCUGGUGCUGAUUGGGGGCCCUGAUGAUGGUGUUAUUACUCCCUGGCAGUCCAGCUUCUUUGGUUUCUAUGAUGCAAAUGAGACGGUCUUGGAGAUGGAGGAGCAACUGGUUUAUCUGCGAGAUUCUUUUGGGUUGAAGACUCUAUUGGCCCGGGGGGCCAUAGUGAGGUGUCCAAUGGCCGGGAUCUCCCACACAGCCUGGCACUCCAAUCGUACUCUUUAUGAGACCUGCAUUGAACCUUGGCUCUCCUGAGGAUAUAUUCAGGGGUCCCCAGGAAAUCCCUAGUCCAGAGACCAAGUGGUGGCCUUGGAAAGCAGUGUCAGGCUCUGGUGUGCCUGUGACCACCUCAUUGCUCCACACUACCCCCACCAAGCUGGACUCCCAGAACCCCUCUCCUCUGCUCCUCCGUGAAUGACAAGUUCUGGCCUCCCCUACCUCAUGUCCUCUCAUUUGGGGGGGUUGCUCCAUGCUCUCCCUUUCUCUCAAGGCCGAAGUUGGGAAGUGAGAAACCAUGUUUUUAACUUGUGGCUGCUUUUGCUGCUGCUGCUUCUCCGUAUCUGGCUGUAUGGGAGGAGAACCCACCCCCUGCCUACCACAGGGGUCUCCUUCCAGGCCACUCAGGACAUUUUUAGCUUCUAUUCUUCCCAUAUUCCCUUUUUUCUCUGAAGUCCUCUGUCAUCAGCCCUCCCAACCCCUAAGAGGGACUACCCAUGAGAGUGGGGUUCUGAGGCUCCCCUAUGGGGACAGUUCCGUUCCUGAAGUGUCAGUGUUGGGGAAUAUCUGUGGCCUGUGAGGCCCAUCUCAGGUUUGGGGAUCCCCCAGUCCCUAUGAUCAGUGUUGGAGUAACCCCUGGGAGCCUAGUUUCUUUUGAGGCCCCAGGCCCUCUUUUAACUUCCCUUGAAUGGGUGUUACCCCUGUAUUUAUAGAAAUAAAGUUCCAUUUCCUCA